CCUUUUGCGCUUCUGUCAGUCAGUCGCGAUCAGUCAUCAUCAAAAUUCUAUCAAAAAUGGCUGGAGGAAUCACCGACAUCAAGAAGCUCGAGUACGAAAUCUACAAAUAUUCCAGUUACUCCUCGUCCUAUCUGCCCGAGAACAUUCGUGAAGAUAAUCCCACCAAUCAAACGUCGCGAUGGUCCUCCAACACGAACAGCCCGCCUCAGUUCCUGGUGCUGAAGCUGGAGCGGCCGGCCAUUGUGACUAAGAUCAAGUUCGGCAAGUACGAGAAAACGCACGUCUGCAAUCUGCGCAAAUUUAAAAUUCUCGGCGGACUGGAGGAGGACCGGAUGACCCAACUGUUCGAGGGUGGUCUCAAAAACGACUCAGUCCCGGAAACGUUCAACUUGAAGCAUCGCACCAACUCUGGCGAACUGUUACCAAUCAAGUUCAUCCAGAUUGUACCGUUGCUCUCGUGGGGACCUAGUUUCAACUUUUGCAUCUGGUACGUCGAGCUGCUUGGAAUCGAAGAUUCGAUUUUCAUCCUCUCGAACCUGCGGAAGUACAAUAUGCUGCGGGAGGUGGAGAUUGUACGACUCUUUAUGAAACACUGCCGCCAGCAGGGUUACGUCAAGGCAUUCAGUGCCCUGCAGGAAGAGACGGGCGUACGGCUUGAGGACGAAAAGAUGACUGAACUGCACGAAAUUCUCGUCAACAAGGGAGACUUUAAGAAGACUGAAGGAAUUCUUGUCGAUUUUAUCAAUAGCGGCCUAAUGGACGACUACCUCUUGAGGCAGGAAUAUAAACCGCACUGGAGCUUGCAGCUGACACCAGAACAAGAAUCACGACCAGGUCGCAGAGGUGGCCAUCAGCUUAUCAUUGAUCCACUGACCAGCACCAUUUAUCUAUACGGAGGUUGGGAUGGCAGCGAGGAUUUGAGUGAUUUGUGGUCCUACGACGUGAAAAGUAACCGGUGGACUUUGAUUCACGAAAAUUCGGAACUUUUGGAUGGUCCUUCGCCACGUGCUUGCCAUAAGAUGGUAUACGAUACAAAGAACUCGCAGAUUUUUAUGAUUGGACGAUAUCUGGACAGCGCUUCUCGCACCGAGGAAAAUAUAAAUAGUGAUUUCUACCUGUACAAUACCAUCAGCAAAACGUGGUGCUUGAUUAGCAACGAUACGGCACAAGUCGGAGGACCUCAGCUGGUGUACGACCAUCAGAUGUGCAUCGACGUGGAGAAGCAGACGAUUUACGUCUUCGGUGGCCGCAUCCUCGAACCAAAUUACAGAUUUUCUUUCUCCUUUAGAAAUGAGGAAGAAACAACGGGUGACUACAAGUAUUCGGGGCUGUUCUCCUACCACAUCAGCACCAACACGUGGAACCAUAUCCUGGUGGAUUGUGGCCAUCCGUCGGCUGCUAGUCCGCACGUGCAGAGCAUCAAGUCGAGGGUGACCCACUCGAUGCUGUUCCAUCAUAAACACCGAAAACUGUACAUUUUCGGCGGCCAACGUGGCAAGGACUAUAUGACGGACUUCCUAAUCUACGAUGUGGACAGCAGCGAGCUCACGAACAUGACCCCGGAGAACGUAGGAACGGAUUCAAAAAACGUUCCCCAGUCGGGUUUCACCCAGCGAGCGACGAUCGACUGUGAAAAGGACGAAAUCUAUGUACUGACCAGUCUGAGCAAAGAGAAAGAGCGUCGCGAACUCAAUAUCAAUUCGUUCUGGUUAUUCUCGUUGGCCAAGAAAGAGUGGUGUUGUGUGUACAAGAGUGACCAUUCGAUUGGGGAAAACUGUUACCUAAAGAAUCAGAAUGUUUGUGCGGAACCUUGCCCCCGGUAUGCUCAUCAGAUCGUGUAUGAUGCGACGAAUCAGGUCCACUUCCUAUUCGGUGGCAAUCCUGGCAUGAAUUCACAUAUUCGUUUGGAUGACUUUUGGAUGUUGCGGCUGGAGAAACCCACGAGGGACAAUAUACUGCGCUACUGUAAAUACCUGCUGAGGAAACAAGAGUACGAAGAAAUUGCCAAGACGGAUCCCCUCUCGGCAAUAUCCUACCUGCAAACAAAGCUGUACGAUAUCAUCGAUCACAACGAUCCAGCGCAGUUGAAAGAGUUUCACAAGUUAGCAUCACUUCUGUUCAAAUCGGACAGCACUGAUUGUGAAACGGAGCCAACUAGUCUACUGGCUUGUCCUCUGGGCGGCAGCUUGAAAUCCAACAGUCAAAAGCACCCCAACGAGCACGAACCGAACGAGGACAAUGCCAAAAUUAUGCGAGUAGAAUCACCUAAAAGUACAGACGAAGCGGACGCGUCUAGCAUCAGUUCGCUGAGCAGUGAGUGUUCUAGCUCACAAACGGCUCGGGCGAUUCCAUCAACAUCGUCCAGCUUUUCAUCGCGCACACGCAAAGCAAACGAUCAGAAGUUCGAGCUGAAAAUAAGACGCUGCCUCCUGUACAACAAACUUGUCGAUCUUCUUCCGGAAAAUCUCUGUCAGCCAAAGAAGAACAUCAGCGACUUUGUGCUGCUAUAAUUCCCUGAUUUAAACCCCCAUCAAGAACAGCUUUUUUUUUCCUUUUGACUUUGCAACUUUUUUCCACUUUAAAGUUUUUCAAAUUCUCAGACUGGUACUGUUAUCGGUACAGAUUUAGCUAAUAAAUGGAAACGGAAAUGUGAUAACUUUGCCCUGCCCCAUCUUCCCUCUGUUAGCACCGGUACCUCAAAUGCCAUCUCGGAUAGCCAACCAAUCAGUUAUUUCUGGCUUUAGGAUUACUCAGCUUUUACAUGCUUGCACACCCACAUACAUCAGUCUUUGAUUUACCAAUCGUUUAGGGAAGACAAUCAAUUGUAAUGACGUAUAUUAGGAAUGUGUUAUAAUAAUUUGGACGGCGCGCAAUUUGAGUCAACAUCACACACACACCAAAACGUUACAGAAGCUAGAUUAUGUUUGUUCGAUUACCUUUAUGAACUUUUUUCUGCUAAGUGAUUUAUAGUUUAUAUCCAAAUACAUCAGCAGUAAUCAUCAUUGCCUCGUUUGUGUAACCGGUAUGAUUUUUUUUUUAAAUAAUUUCGUUACUCAGAAAUUGCUGUUUGUUAGCUUAUUAAACAUCGUAAAGUCUCUAAUCAUCGAAA